CAACUCGAGAAUCAUAAACGCCGACAAAACACUUGAUAAUUUCGGAGUUCCAGUAGAUGUUCGAGGAGAAUUUAUUUUUUCAAUUAAAGUUGCCAUUUUUUGGAUAAUAUAUUCAUCAUUCGUUAAUAUAGCUAGAGUUAUUCCGGAUCAUGAGAAUUUUAGCUUAUUAUCUAAAAUCAUCAUAGUAUUCACUUUUCAACAUGGAUAUCAGGUCAAUCUGCUAAUUGAUCUGACAUUUUGUCUUUUAAUAAAGCAUAUGAAAAUUCGUUUUGAAAGUGUCAAUAAAGUACUAUCAGAAAUUUUUAAACUGCAAACUAAUAACUCGGCACACAAAAUAGAAACUGAUUACAAGUGGGCCAUUUCUCGUCGAGUUGAGUUUGACAAGGAUUUCACUAAAAUUCUAAACAAUAUCAAACGCAUUCACCUGGAAUUGGGAACGCUGUGCCACGAAUUAACAAAAAUAUUCGGAAUUCCGAUAAUUCUUACGAUAAUUUCAGCAUUCGCUAACAUUACCAGUUUAUGCGUCAUUAUGUACAGAGACAUAAAGGAUCCUGAAAUACCCAGUAAUGAAAAAAUAGGAAUAGCUGCAAUCCUAAGCAUUUGGCUAAUAAUAUUUACUUGUAAAUUCGUUAUUGUAAAUUAUAUCUGCGCUGUAACUUUAUUCGAGUGGGAAAAAACCGGCGAAAUAAUUCAUAAAUUAGAGAUAGAAUCUGAAGAUACUGAAUUCCGGAAGGAAAUCCAACAAUUUUCGAUCCAAAUAUUGCAGAAUCCUUUGAAAUUUUCUCCAUGUGGAUUUAUAGAUCUCGGUUUCUAUUUCAUAAGAGAUUUCGCUGGAUCUGUGACAUCGCAAGUUAUUUUGAUAAUUCAGACCUAUCCAAGUUAAUUAAAAUGAUUGAUAAGCGGCUGACAUUUCAUCAAUAGUAAUCAUCGCCGCUAAUGUAUUG